AGGAUUCGGAGGCCUAUUGGACCUUCGCAUGCCGAAGAUACCCAAUGUCUUCAUGGACGACUUGAUGGCUGCUUAUGACUCCUCAUCCAGUUAUUUUGUUUUUGGGGAAGGAGACUCGAAGAAGGUCUUCGACUUCACAGCUGAGGAUGUGGCACGUGUGUACGACCUUCCUCUUGGUGGGGCUGUGAUUGAUUUGAAGAACGUUGAGGGGGGAUGCUCGAUAGUUUCAGCGAGGAAGUUGGCAUGAUUCCUAACAAGGCUCGCAUGGUUCCUAUCAAGAAGCUGCGGGAGUUGGCCAUUCCAGCCAACAGUCCUAGACCACCUGUUGCAAUUGCUGUCAAGCAAUUUUUGUUGCUAGCUACUGGUUCGAUACUCUUGCCAACAUUUUCUCGGAGGUGCAAGCUGGACUUUGCUCCAUACCUAGGUGGGAGUGUUGAGGACGUGAGGGUGUACGAUUGGUGUACAUUUAUUGUCCGUGAACUGAAAGUAGAGUUGACUGUUGCCAAGAAAAAAGAACAUAGUGCAAAUGCGUUGGGCUCGCCGUGCGUGUGGUUCUCGGAGAUUGCUACUUCUUGAUACUCCAUCUGCUGGACUCUCUAAAACUAGGCGGGUUGCACACAAAGACCAUACCUAGCUGCCGGUUUUGGUGGAAGCAAAGUGUCGAGAGGGC